UUGGGGUCAUGGCGUGGUGGGUUUUGGCCCUGAUGUUGGUAUUAGUCCCCUGGCAUCCUAGAAACCCUGGCUUGUGGCUGUGGGUCCUGAUGUCCUGCCUCCCUGAGGUUAACCCCUGCCUGCUCUGCUUUGGGCCCCCCAUUCAGCGGGCACGGCUUUGCCAUGACAUUACUGGGGCCUUUGUCAACCAAUUCAGACAUAAAAAAUGCCUUGAGGCCCUUGUUGAGGCUGCUAAAUCACUUGCUUCCGUCACUGUAGGGUCAGGACAGCGUGAGGAACUUCGGGAGAUCGUCAUGGAUGCGAUGUAUUCUAUAGAGGAUCAAAGGGGCAAGAAGCCCCUGAAAAAGUCUCUGCAGGAAGCUGUCAACACAAUCUGGGCGAAGCUGAGCCAGUUGGGGAAAGUUCCAGCCUGCAUCCCACCCUGUGGAUUCCAGCCAGCUGCCCGUGUCUUCCAGUGUGCUACCUGCCGCUUCGUGGACUGUCAGUUUGCCCUGGACUGCCCAGUGCAGGACCUGUGGACCUACACAGAUGAAACCAUUGUGCUGCGCUGCAGCGUGCCUUUCCACAUCCCCACCGGCCUGCCCGUCACCUGGAUGUUUGCCCCGAAUCUGCGCACACAGGACAUGACACUGUUCAAGGAGCUGAAGGGGAAUCCAGAGAAGCCCUUCAGUCUGACCAUUGAGGAACCCGCUCCAGGAACCGUUGCCUGUCGCCUCGGGGAACAUUCCAAGCCCAUUGCCCGCAAGUUCUUCUACCUCAACGUAUCAGAGGGAAGCAUAGAGGAAGAGAAAGGACUCGAGGCUGCCUUCAGCACUGUGCUGCACUGGGAUGACAAGACCCCCCUGACCCACAUACCAACCGUGGGGCUGGCUGUGGGUUUUGGCUCCAUGGCAUUCGUUCUGCUGCUGAUGGCCAGCUGGCAAUGCCUCUGUGUCCGUCAGACAUGCCGCAGACGUGGACAUCAGCGUGCCCGAGAGGAUUCCAGAUGCCUGGAUUCACUCUAGGGGACUUUAGCACAUGGAUCCACCCCAGAGGACCAAAAUUUCUGCAAUUGCUUUUCUUGUGCUAGUCUUAAAACAGAAAUACAGAGUUCUGAAAAUCUUGAU